ACAGUUUUUUAGAAUUCUAACAAUUAUUUAUUGUAGAACAAAUUAUUUUCGUCUUAAAAAAUGUAGUGUUUGGUUAUUAGUUUUCGCAGCCUGACAGAAGGAAAAGGCAAGUGGAAGAAAUGAGAUGUUUAAAAAGUGUAUAAAAUAUCAGCACACUGGAAGAGAAUCGGAUUCUGGGGGCUUGGUGGCGCUGCAAAAGCAAGCUCGAGCUGCAUUUUAGCACCACCCAACAGGCCAAGUGACCAUCACCAUUAACAACUUCGCCGACUCAUUGGUUUCUUGACCGCCACUACCACCAUAAUCGAAUCCGUAUCCAACAUGGAGCAAUUUCUUUGUGAUCGGUUGCUCGACCUGACGCAACCCAUCUCCGAGCGGUUUAGAGCGCUCUUCUCACUCCGCAACCUCAAAGGCUCCGCUCCCCGUAACGCCCUUAUUCACGCAACAAGGGACUGUUCGAAUUUGCUGGCACAUGAGGCAGCAUUUGCAUUGGGUCAAAUGCAAGAUUUUGAAGCUAUUCCUGCUUUAGCAGCUGUUCUAAAUGAUCUUUCUUUGCAUGCUAUUGUUCGCCAUGAGGCUGCAGAAGCUCUUGGUGCCAUUGGUUUAGAGAGCAAUAUUCCUCUUUUGAAGAAUAGUUUGAGUGUAGAUCCAGCUCAGGAAGUUAGAGAAACUUGUGAACUGGCUCUCAAGAGAAUUGAGGAAAUGAAUGCUACAGGCACUUGUGAAGAAUCGUCUACAAUCGAAAAAUCACCCUUUAUGUCAGUUGACCCAGCUGCUCCAGCUUCUUCUUGUUCUUCUGUUGAUAUGCUGAGGGAAGGUCUUUUGGAUGAAGAAAAGGGCAUGUAUGAGCGCUAUGCUGCUCUUUUUGCUCUUAGAAAUCAUGGCGGGGAAGAAGCUGUUUCUGCUAUAGUUGAAUCCCUGAGAACGAAAAGUGCUUUGCUUAAGCACGAGGUUGCUUAUGUUUUGGGCCAAUUGCAGAACAAAGCUGCUUCAGCUGCACUUAGCAGAAUACUUAAGGAUGUAAAUGAGCAUCCAAUGGUUAGACAUGAGGCUGCUGAAGCUCUUGGUUCUAUCGCUGAUGAACAAAGUAUUGCACUCCUCAAGGAAUUUUCGAAGGAUCCUGAGCCUAUUGUAUCACAAAGCUGUGAAGUUGCUCUGAGCAUGGUAGAAUAUGAAAGAUCAGGAAAAUCAUUUGAGUACUUGUUUAUGCAAGAUCCUUUAGCGCAAGCGUAGAUGAAUCAUGCAUCUUCUGGAAACUCCCUUACUAAUCAAUGUGCCAGUUUCAAUUCAGCUAAUGGACACAUUCUUUGUGAAGGCAGUGUUUGUGGGAAAGAGUGUCAUGAGAAUAACAGAAUAGAACUAUGAGAAAAUCAUAUACAAUAAGAACUGGACGUUUUCGAGUUGUGUUGAUUAUUCUUGUAAUGAUUGUAUUCUGUUGGUGACGUGGGAUCUAAUCACAGUAAAUUUUGGUAUGACUAAAA